UUCUGCGUGUAUAAAUAAUGUCUGGAUUGGGAAGAUUAAUGUACCAGGAAACAGAACAUGGCCAAUACAUCACUCUCAACAAUCCUUGUGAUUCUCUUCUGGGGUUUAACUAUUGCAACUGCAAGAAAAUUAUCACCACUUAGCACUUCUACUGCAUUAUCAUCACCCUCAACUGAUGGUAUUUGCUCAUCAAUGGUGAAGACACAAGGCUAUGUUUGUGAAGAACACUUGGUGACAACACAAGAUGGUUAUGUUCUUAACUUGCCAAGAAUUAUAGUGGGAAAAUCAAGGGGGCCACCGGUUCUGCUACAGCAUGGGCUUUUCAUGGAUGGCAUAACAUGGUUAUUACUACCUUCAAAUCAGUCUCUUGCAUACCUUUUGGCAGAUAAUGGGUUCGAUGUUUGGGUUGCUAACACGCGUGGAACCAAAUAUAGUCGACAACAUACUUCUUUACCUACUAAUAGCUCGGAUUAUUGGGAUUGGUCAUGGGAUGAAUUAGUUGCAUAUGAUCUUCCAGCCACAUUUAAGUAUGUGCAUGAUCUAACUGGACAAAAGCUGCACUAUGUUGGUCACUCACAGGGAACUUUGAUUGCAUUGGCUGCUUUUUCCCAAGAUCAGUUACUGAACAUGUUGAGAUCAGCUGCCUUACUUAGCCCAAUUGCUUAUGUUGGUCAGAUGACUUCACCCCUAGCUAAAAAUGCCGCUGAAAACUUUAUUGCAGAGUCACUGUACAAUUUGGGAAUCUUUGAAUUCAAUAUGAGAGGGGUUUCUGUUAUAAAGUUUCUAAAGGACUUGUGCAAUAACACAGGCAUUGAUUGCACCAACUUGUUGACCUCUUUCACAGGCCCAAACUGCUGCCUGAACCCUUCAAUUGUCAAUGUUUUUUUGGAUCAUGAGCCUCAGUCAACAGCAACAAAGAACAUGAUCCACCUAUCUCAGAUGAUCAGAGAAGGAACCACUGCAAUGUUUGAUUAUGAGAACCAAGAUGAGAACAUAAAACACUAUGGACAACCCACUCCUCCAGUAUAUGACAUGACAAGAAUUCCAAAUGACCUUCCUCUCUUCCUGAGUUAUGGAGGGGCUGAUGCUCUUUCUGAUGUUAAGGAUGUUCAACGUCUGUUAGAAAUUCUUAAAGAUCACGAUGCAGAUAAGCUUGUAGUGCAGUACAGAAAUGAUUAUGCACAUGCAGAUUAUGUUAUGGGUGAAAAUGCUAACCGAGAUGUAUAUGAACCUCUUAUAUCUUUCUUCAGGCUUCAAUGAUAUCUGGUGAAGAAUACUCCCUAUAGAAUUUUGUCAUCACCUGUCUCUAAAUCAUAGAAUUGAGUAGCACAGAAAUGUCAGUAUGUAAUUUUACAGAAGAUGAUAUUAUUAAAGGAAAUUCUUAUAGUCUUACUUCA